AUGUUUCAGAGUUGCCAGGGCCCCCGAAUAGGAAGCCAUCUCCGCGCCCCUUCAGAAUUUGAGGUGGGUGGGGUCCAGCCCGUCGACUCGCGGCAGCUCGCAGCACUCCCCGAUUCGGCCUUUGUUCAAGCAAGCGAGGGCAACGGCCAGCGUCUCCUUUUGACUCUGUGCCGCUUGUUGCUGGCUCGCCCGUCCGCCGACGCGAUGCGACGAGAUGCGGGAGGCACUGGCAUGGGCAUGCCAAGCACACUACACCCAUACAGCAGGAACCUGGCCAAAGGCAUCCUCCACGUCGGGGAUAUCCAAAUGUACACCUACCUGUUGCCCCACUGGACCAAUACCAGACUCAGAACCAGUCCACGACCAGGACAGUGA